CCGCCCUCCUCCUUUCACUCUGUCCUCCCUUCACCCUGUCAGUCCUCAGCCACCUGCAAAACCCAGGAAAAACACGCAUAGAGAAACGGCAGAGUGAGUUAAAAAGAGCAACAAUGGCGUACAAUCUCAAUGCUUCACGAUUUACUUCACUUUCUCAUGACCCCAGUCUCUUCUGCAACUCACUCUCUUCCCCAUACCUCCUCCAACUCAGUCUCAGACCCAAAAAACCCCUCAAUUUUCGCCUCAAACAUCAUCCCUGGAAACCUCCUUUUCAUAUCGCCAAUGUCUCUUUACAAGAACAAGAUCACACCGCAAUUUCAGAUGAUUCACCCAACCCAGAUGAAAAAACCAAUUCUUCGUCAAAAUCCAACAUAUGGGUCAACCCCAAGAGCCCCAGAGCCUCAAAAUUAAGGCAGAAGUCGUAUGAUUUCAGGUAUUCUUCUUUAGUGAAAAUUUCGGAAUCUUUGGAUUCUUGUAACCCCUCAGAAGAAGAUACAGUGAAUGUAUUGGAAAGCUUUGGGACUAAAAUUGUGGAACAAGAUGCUGUGAUUGUAUUGAACAACAUGUCGAACCCGGAAACUGCUCCGUUGGUGCUUAAGUAUUUUCAAGAAAGGUUGAAAUUGAGUAAAGAAGUUAUUCUGUAUAAUGUAACUUUGAAAGUUUUUAGGAAAUGCAGGGAUUUUGAUGGGGCAGAAAAUUUGUUUAAUCAAAUGCUUGAAAGAGGAGUUAAGCCUGACAAUGUUACUUUCUCGACCAUAAUUAGCUGUGCUAGGGUGUGUUCUUUGCCUGAAAAGGCUGUUGAAUUGUUCGAAAAAAUGUCAUCUUUUGGGUGUGAGCCGGAUGAGGUGACUUACUCGGUGAUGAUUGAUGCAUAUGGGAAGGCAGGGAAUGUGGAUAUGGCCAUGAGUUUGUAUGACCGUGCAAGGACUGAGAAAUGGCGUGUUGAUGUUGUCACCUUCUCAACCUUGGUUAAGAUUUACGGGGCAUCUGGGAAUUUUGAUGGGUGCUUGAAUGUGUAUGAGGAAAUGAAGGCACUGGGAGUUAAGCCUAAUUUGGGUCUGUAUAACAGUUUACUGGAUGCUAUGGGAAGAGCAAAGAGGCCGUGGAAGGCGAAGAAUAUCUACAAGGAGAUGGUGAACAAUAUGAUCGAUCCUAGUUGGGGUACUUAUGCCGCGUUGAUUAGGGCAUAUUGCAGGGCUAGGUAUGGUGAUGAUGCACUUAAUGUUUAUAGGGAGAUGAAGGAGAAGGGCAUGGAGCUGAGUGUUGUUUUAUAUAAUACUCUUCUGUCAAUGUGUGCUGAUGUAGGAUAUACUGAUGAAGCUGUUGAGAUAUUUGAGGAUAUGAAGAGUUCGGGGACCUGCAUGCCAGACAGUUGGACAUUUGCUGCUUUGAUUACAAUUUAUUCCUGCAGUGGGAAAGUUGAAGAGGCAGAGGCUACCGUAAAUGAAAUGGUGGAAGCUGGAUUUGAGCCUAACAUCUUUGUCUCAACCUCACUCAUCCAGUGUUACGGGAAAGCUAACCGAAUAGAUGAUGUUGUAAAGACAUUUAAUCGGCUACUAGAGCUAGGUAUAACUCCAGAUGAGCGGUUCUGCGGUUGUCUUCUUAAUGUAAUGACUCAAGCACCAAAAGAAGAACUUGCUAAGUUGAUGAGUUGCAUUGAGAGAGCUAACCCGAAGCUUGGUCGUGUGGUCAAACUCCUUGCGGAGGGAGAUAAUCUUGAAGGAGAAAUCUUUAAGAAGGAAGCCGGUGAACUCUUUGAUUAUAUUGGUAAUGAUGUAAGAAAGGCCUACUGCAAUUGUUUAAUUGAUCUCUGUGUAAAUCUUAAUCAACUGGAGAGAGCUUGUCAGUUGUUAGAGCUUGGGCUAACACACGGAAUAUAUACUGAUAUACAGUCUAGAACUCCAACCCAGUGGUCUUUGCACUUGAAAAGCCUCUCUCUAGGGGCAGCUUUAACUGCGCUACACAUCUGGAUGAAUGACUUAUCGAGAGCACUCGAAAAUGAAGAGGAACUUCCAUCGCUGCUUGGGAUCAACACAGGGCAUGGGAAACAUAAAUACUCAGAGAAAGGAUUGGCAGGUGUUUUUGAAUCACAUCUGAAGGAGCUAAAUGCUCCAUUUCACGAGGCACCGGACAAGGUUGGUUGGUUUUUGACGACAAAGGUUGCAGCCACAUCGUGGUUGGAGUCUAGACGUUCCCAGGAGGGAGUUGCUGCUUAGAUGGAUUGCCUAGCCUGUUUGUUCAUACAGGGCAUCUCUUCAAUUUUUUGCUCCUCUGGCCUUGUGCAAUUAUGCAUAGUCUAGGAUAGAGUAAAAUUUUAUUUCGUCUCAUGGAUUAGGCUUUCUACACUGAAAGUUUUUUGUUCGAUAUCCUACUUAAUGAAAUUUUUAUGCUUGAAUUCAGUUCA